AUGGCGUGGGCUCCUUCGGCAUCGCAAGAUGUCGAAGCAGGGACUAUAGCCGUGCGUGCGGAAGAGCAGCCGCCGCAUGAGAAGAAAGUCGUCCUCGAGGACGACAAAACCGAAGUGCUGGUCGACUGGGAUGGAGGAGGUGAUCCGGAAAAUCCUCAAAACUGGUCGACCGUGUUCAAAUCCUGGGUCACCUUACAGCUGAGUUUACUGGCAUUUUCUGCGAGCCUGGCUUCUAGUAUCAUAGCACCGGCGAAUCGAACAAUAGCUGAAUACAUCGGCGUGGGCGAGGAGCUUGUGGUUCUCAAUGUCUCCCUCUACAUUGUCGGCUUCGCUUUCGGGCCCUUGAUCUGGGGUCCUUCCAGUGAAGUCUGGGGGCGGCGAUGGUCCAUGUUGCCGGCGAUGGCAUGCUUAGCCUGUUUCUCAAUCGGUAGCGCCGUGAGCCAGAACGCCCAGUCGAUCUUUAUCAACCGAUUUUUCAGCGGCUUCUUUGGUUCAGCCGCCGUUAGCAAUGUCAAUGCUGCGUUGGGCGAUAUUUGGUCUCGAGAAGCUCGUGGUACCGCCGUUUGCAUGUAUGGCAUGUGCGUCGUCGGAGGCCCGACUCUGGGCCCGACUAUCGGCGCCGCCAUCCUCGUCAAUCCUCAUAUGGGCUGGCGAUGGACUGAAUAUACCACGGCCAUGCUCAAUUUUGCCAUUGUGGCACUGACGUACUUUUGCAUGCCGGAGAUGUACCCGCCGGUGCUUUUGGAGUGGAAGGCCCAGCGCCUCCGACGACAGCCCGGCAACAAGGCGUACUACCACCCUCACGAAAGGAUCGAGGUCGACGUCAAGUCCAUCGUCACCAAGCAGCUGUCGCGACCGCUGAUGAUGCUCUUCACCGAACCGAUGGUCACCUGCAUCGCAUUCUACGCGUCCUUUGUCUAUGCGAUUCUCUACAUGACACUCCAAGUCUUCCCCAUCAUCUUCGAAGAGCAGCGCAAGUGGUCGCCCGUGGUCGGCUCCCUGCCCUUCCUUGGUAUGUUCGUUGGCAUCGUCUGCGCCACCGGUGUCAACCUUGGGAAUCAGCCUAGGUACAUUCGCAAGUGCCGGGCUUCCAAUGGACGGCCUGUUCCGGAGGCAAGACUGCCGCCUCUGGCGAUUGGUGCAGUGAUGAUGGUAGUCGGUCUGUUCUGGUUCGCAUGGACUGCUGCUCCAAAUCAUCCCUGGCCGCUUCCUGUUGUUGCUGCCAUGUUUAUUGGUGGUGGGUUUAACGUCAUCUUCCAGCAAUGCAUCAACUACCUGGUCGACGUGUACGGUCUCUAUGCCGCCAGUGCCACGGCUGCGAACACCUUUCUGCGCAGUGUCCUCGCCGCAGGUCUUCCUCUGGCCGCACGACCCUUGUAUCAUUCGAUUGGAGUUGGCCCUGCAACAUCCAUCCUCGGGGCAGUGGCUUCUAUAAUGCUGCCGGUGCCCUUCAUCUUCAUGAAAUAUAGCUCCAUCCUUCGGAAGAAAUCAAAAUUUGCGCCUGUGCCGGACGGCUAA